UGCUGUCUGAUGCUUUCAUUUAGCAAUACACCAAAUCAGAGAUUUCUUCAUAUUCAACUUGAUAGCAAGACAGUUUCCUAAAUUCUGGCAUUUAAAGGUUUGGCUCAUGCAUGGAUGUAUAAUGUGGUGCUUCCUUUGGAUGUUCUUCUUUGAGGGUGUUUUAUGUGUUGACAAUCCAUUAGUCAUCAGCCCCAAUAUCCUGAUGGCUUGGAAGGGAUUCUGUGUAUUGAUUCCAUGCCAGAUUGAAUUAAGACAUCCUAUCACUAAACUCAACAACAUCUCUCUGAUAUGGUGGUAUAACCCUGUUUGGAUUCCUAGCCUGGAAGAGUUUAAUGGCACCAUGUUGUACAAUGGCUCUACAACUUCAGUAAACUAUACAAACCCAGCAAGUCCCCUCUUUCAAGAUCGGGUGAGGUUCACUGGGGAUUUACACAAUGGAAACUGUAGCUUGAAGAUUUCUCAAGUCCAGGAAAGUGAUACUGGUAUAUUUGGAGCAAGACUUUAUGGCUUUGUUCAACACAGACCUAAAAUACUAAAGUGGUUUCUCAACACUACUAUUACUGUUUCUGACUUGCCUCCAAGACCCAAAAUAACAUUUAACCCCCAGCAAAUCCAAGAAAAAACGACAACUGAUGUGACUUGUUCUGUUUCCUACCAUUGUCCUGAUGAACCAGUAAUGGUGAUUCUCACUGGCUUGGAAAAGGGGCACAUGAUUGCUCAAAAAGUUAUUGAAAGGGACAGAGUGGUCCAAACAGAGCUGAGGUUCAUGCCAACUUGGAAGGACCACAAGAAGCAGCUGACGUGUCUGCUAAAAAGCCAUAAUGGGAUAGAAAUUUCUCAGCAUACUGUGGAACUGGAUGUGAAGUAUGCUCCUCAGGGAGUUCAGUUGACUGCUACUCCUUACAUCACAGUCAGAGAAGGGAUGAAACUGUCUCUCAAGUGCUUGGUCAAAAGCAGUAACCCAGCUGUGUCUUACCAAUGGAAGAAGAAUAAUGCCAUCACAAACAAUAUUGAUGAUAAAAUUGAAUUCAGUUCAGUGCAAGAAGAACAUUCUGGCCGCUAUAAAUGUACAGCUCAAAAUGAACUUGGAGAUGUUGAGUCAAAUGAACUGACUAUAGAUGUUCAAUAUCCACCCAAAGAGCCCAAAGUUCAAUGCCCAUCAUGUGGAAAGAUCAAGGAGAAGAGCCUAGUGGUCUUACAAUGCUCUUCAAAAGGCAAUCCUCCCAUCCGUCGCUAUGAAUGGUUCAAACAUGGUGAACCAUCUAAAAUCAGCAUGCAGAAGGAGCUGCAUUUUCAGACAAUCCAACCCAGUGAUUCCAACACCUAUUUUUGCAAAGUCUACAAUGGCAUUGGCAAUUCAACAUCUCUUCCUUUCAUGCUGGAUGUUCAGUAUGGCCCCAAGAAUGUCCAGAUUGCUGUUUUAAAUCCCUUUCCCAUAAAGGAAGGCGAUACUAUCACAUUUAACUGUUCUGUGGGCAGCAGUAACCCCAAAACAAACAAAUACAAGUUGUUUAACUCAGAUGUGGCUGUGAAGUCAAAUAUGAUGUCAAACCUAAUAACCUUCCCUGCAAGACCCGAAAGCAUCACUUAUUACAAAUGUGAAGCAUGCAAUGAUAUUGCCUGUACUCAAUCUCCAGCAAUCACUGUGGAUGUACACUUUGCUCCCAAGGACGUAAGAGCUGUACGGCAGCCAUCAGGACUGAUUGAUGAAGGCUCCACUGUGAAUCUGAGUUGUGAAGUGGGAAGAGCGAAUCCCCAGGAGCUCACCUAUAUAUGGUACAAAGAUACAGAUGAGGUAGUGUCUGAAAUGCGCAUACUGACCAUCCAGCAAGUGACUUCAAGAGCUUCUGGCAAUUACCACUGCAAAGCCAAGAACAGUGUGGACGUAGUAUCCUCCUCAGCUGUUUUGCUGGAUGUCCGUUAUGGGCCCCGUGACGUCCACGUAUCCCUGAAUCUCCAGGAAGCCAUCAUCGAGGGAAAAGAUGUUUUCCUGCAGUGUAAAAACACUGCCAAUCCUUCAGCAAAUAUUUAUAAGUGGUACUGGAAUGGAGAAGAGAUGGCUCAGAAAAAUACUCCAGUCCUUGAACUCCGGAAAGUUGAAGUUGGGCAGUCAGGAGAUUAUUCUUGCCAAGUGUCAAAUCAAGUUGCGGAGGGGCAGUCACAGCCUUUGGCCCUUAUUGUAUCCUAUAGCAGAGCUACAGUACUGAAACGUUCCUUGAUUGGUUUGGGCACAGUUCUUGCCCUGAUUGCCUUGCUGGGAUUGCUGGCCUAUGUCCUGUGGAGAAGGAAGAAAAAUAUUGAUUCAGACACUGAUGGAACACAGAGAUCUGGCUCAUUUUUUGUAAAGAAGGCCAAGGGACAAAAACUGUGCAAUAAUAACAACAGAGAGAAUGAAGUGAGAGCAGAUGGCUCUGUUGGAUUCCUGAACCAGGGUUCGGAAGGUUCCGUUACGUAUGCGACUGUCCAGUUCCGUUCCAACUUGCCUGAUGAUCGCGUGGUUUAUGCUAGUAUCAAUCAACCAAAAACGGCUGUUGAACCCUCAGAUGCAAGUGACAUCUACAGCAUGGUAAAGAAACCUGGACACUCCACAAAGAGAGACACCAAGCAUGACUAUGAGAAUGUGGACAAGAUGGAAGAAGAACUACACUACUCUUCCUUGGUGAACCUGGCACCACGACCUGGUCCUACCUAUGUAAACUCAGAGACAGAGUCUGAAUCAGAGGACAGCAUUCAGUACGCUUCACUGAAGCAUUGAACUUCUUGACAGUCACUGGUCUCAUAUGUUCUUCCCACAAGAAGGAUUAUUAGUGGGUUAGAGUUCAUAUUUGCUGUUAUGUGUCACUUCUGAGCUUGAGAGUGUUUGACUCACCCAAAGCCACUUAUCUUGCAUUGUGGUUUUUGCAACUCAGAAAAUUUUGAGAGAGAAAGGAGAGAUGAUAUGACUGCAUCCAGAGACAAUCAAGACCUGGCCUAAGAUAUCUGCUGUCCUAUCAUAGACAAUAGAAGAUAUGUGGUUCCUGGGAAUGCUGAGCUCUGUGCAAUUUGCUGAAGCGUGUCAUGAUCUAAUGGGAAAGAUCCAUCUUCCUUACUCAGUCCAAUGGGAAGGAUAUGCUGUUGCCCUCAUCCUUCUCAACAAGCUAAUCUAUACUGUAGGAACAUUAGAAAGUAAAAUGAUAUCCAUUAGAUGGCCACCUAUACCAAUCUGAUUUAUGUUGACCAGGAAGAAAUCUUCAGGAAGAACUUCCUGACUGUGAGAGCUGUUCAGCAGUGGAACUCUCUGCCCCGGAGUGUUGUAGAGGCUCCUUCUUUGGAAGCUUUUAAACAAAGGCUGGAUGGCCAUCUGUCGGGGGUGCUUUGAAUGCAAUUUUCCUGCUUCUUGGCAGGUUGUUGGACUGGAUGGCCCAUGAGGUCUCUUCCAACUCUAUGAUUCUAUGAUUCUAUAAGUCACAGGUUGGGGAUGGGAUCUUCUUCCAGUCCUGUAUAUGCCUGAAUUCUACUCAACUUACAAAUACCUUCAGCUUAGCUCCUCCUAGGCUGUGUCCAACAUCCUGGAGAAGCUAAGGGCCCGUCCAGACAGUAUUUUUAUCCCAGGAGCUUCUGCAGCAAACAGGAGGGUGGCCAGAUACUGUUCCCUGUAAACACCGUAGCAAUGGCUACAAAAGGCAAAAAAGUUCAGGAAUAUCCUGAUUUUGAGCCAAAUAUCUGCAUAUUCACAUGUUUGUAUGUCCCUGCAAUCGGAAAUCACUAGAUUUUUUAAAUUGAGGUUUGUUCCGAGGUUUUAGAUGCUUGUUCCUGAUUGGUUGGUUUCUAAAAAGAAGGUGACAGUUUAGUAGAACAUGAAAACUUUGUUUGUGUGUCAGAAACUUUAUCAAACAUGUGGAGGGCACAUUUUCUCUGGCAGGACAAAGUUGUGGCCCUUUAGUCAACAUUGUAUAUCUUUUCACAAGAAGAACAAUCAGGAAUAGCCAUGUACAAUCCAGGAACAGCACCCUGUUGCUUGAUGCCACAAGUACACAACCGAAUCUGUCUGGAAAGAUGGCCAGACAGCCAGGCUCUAAAAAGUAUCAAUAAUGACAAAGUUCUCUUUCUGGCUUGAAUGUGUGUGUUCCUGUUUGAGUGAUGACUUGGGCAGAAGUGGUCCUACCCCAUAAACUUUGUGUGGCAAAUACUUAAUGAAAUAUCUGGAGGGCACAAUUUUUCUGGCCAGGACAAAGAAUGGAACUUUUGCAGUAAUUCACUGCAGUGAUUCUCUGCAUAUCCGUGUAUCCACAUUGAGGGAUUU